UCCAGUAAGUCCUCACAUGCUGCACAACAGAGUCAACAGGCUGGACGAGGCGCAGGCGGCACAUCGCUCCGACCGGACAACAACAACAAACUCACUGCGGCCACUUGCUCAACUUUAUUUCCCUGUAGAAGGCCUUUUCACAAGCUGCUUUCUCACAGCUGUCAACACAGAUCCUCACCGGCUUGGGAUGUGACUUCCAGCGCAGACUUUGCGCCCAGGCGGAGCACAGUUUUCCCGGACAGAUUCAUUCUCACGUUUCGGCGAAGUUACUUUUUUUUUCUUUUUUUCUUUUUUCUUUUUGGGAGGGAGGCGACAGGUUCGUCACAUUUACAUGACAUUGUAACUUUUUGUGUCUAUUUUUUUUUUUUCUUUACACCUCUCGACCAUGGCGGAAGCGGCUCAGCAGCCACACCUGGUGGAAAUCGACCCGGAUUUCGAGCCCCUGUCGCGGCCCCGCUCGUGCACUUGGCCCCUGCCCCGGCCGGAGUUCAUCAACCCGGGCGACUCCAACACGUCCUCGCCGGUGCCGUCCGUGAAGCAGGAGCCCGGCACCGGUACCAACGAGUUCAUCAACAACCUGAGUCUGUUGGAGGAGACCGAGGACUUCACGGAGCAGAAGCCCGUCAUCCUCUGCACUGAUUUCCAGUGUCAGGAGAACUGCGUCCACCAGCAACCUCCACAGCAGCAGCAGCAGCAGCAGCAGCCACAUCAGCAUCAGCAGCAGCAGCACCAGAACCCACAACUCCCCCAUCAGCAGCAGCAGCAGCAGCAGCAGCAGGUGCCUCUGCUCUCCACCCCGGUGGGCUCGUCCUCCACGGCGGCCGCGGCAGCUGCUGCAGCCGCUGCCCAGAGGAAGAGCAGCUCCUCCAGGCGGAAUGCAUGGGGGAAUAUGUCAUAUGCAGACCUCAUUACCAAAGCUAUCGAAAGUUCUCCCGAGAACCGACUAACUCUAUCUCAGAUUUAUGACUGGAUGGUGAAGAGUGUGCCUUAUUUCAAGGACAAAGGAGACAGCAACAGCUCUGCAGGGUGGAAGAACUCCAUCAGACACAACCUGUCCCUGCACAGCCGCUUUGUUCGCGUCCAGAACGAGGGGACGGGGAAGAGCUCGUGGUGGAUGCUGAACCCGGAGGGCGGGAAGAGCGGCAAGUCCCCGCGACGCCGGGCAGCCUCCAUGGACAACAACAGCAAGUUCACCAAGAGCAGGGGGAGAGCAGCAAAGAAAAAGCUGUCCCUGCAGGGCGGCCCUGAUGGAGGUGCAGACAGCCCAGGAUCCUACUCCAAGUGGCCUGGCAGCCCCAACUCCCACAGCAACGACGACUACGAUGCAUGGAACAGCUUCAGGCCUCGGACGAGUUCCAAUGCCAGCACUCUGAGCGGCCGCCUCUCACCCUUCAUGCCUGAGGAUGACCUCGGAGAAGCAGACGUGCAUAUGGGCUACCCGGGAGCCCCCGGUGCCAAGAUGACAGCCACGCUGCCCAGCCUCACAGAGAUGACAGGCUCGUUGGGACACAGCUCUGAGAAUGUCAUGGAGAACCUUUUGGACAACCUGAACUUGCUCUCGCCCAACAACUCUCAGGUUGGAGGAGGGGCGACUACCCCCGGCUCUUCUCAGUCCUCCCCGUCUCCCAUGAUGCAGCCCAGCCCCGGGUACCCUGCCUACAGCUCCCCCAGCAUGGCCUCGCAGUCUCAGCAGGACUACCACAAGUGUGUGUACGGCCAAGCGGGGAUGAACACCCUGUCACCAAUGCCGCUGCAGACCCUGUCGGAGAGCAAGCCCAGCUUCGGGCCUAACAUAGGCCAGUACAGCUGCACUGCAGGGCUCCUAAAGGAGCUGCUGACAUCAGAUACAGACCAGCACGGAGAGCUCAUGCCAUCAGUGGACACUGUGGUGUCUCAGUCCAGCGGAGGCUGCAUGCUGCCGCCGUACAGCAGCAGCCAGCACGCAGCCAAACUGAUGGGAGGAGGAAACGGUCACCCGCACAGUCUCUCUCACACUCACCCCCACAACGUGCACAGCCAAGCUCCGGCCUCGUCACCAGCUAUGAACGGCCGCUUGCUCAUGUCCCUGAGCUACAGCGGGGGCAGCACACGGGUGCCAACAGCCAAAAGCCCCAUGCAGAUGCCUUAUGGCCUCUCCGGCCACCUAAGCGGGGGAGGAAUGCCUGGCGGCUUCUGUCCUCUGAACACCAACGGAUACGGCCGACCGGGCCUGUCGCCACCUUCGUACCCCGAGAAACUGCCCAGCGACCUGGAUGACAUGUCCAUCGAGAAGUUUGAGUUUGACAUGGAGACGGUGCUCCAUGACACUCUGAUGGACGGAGACUCACUGGACUUCAACUUUGAGCCAGUGGUGACCCAGCAAGGUUUCCCACAUGGGGUGAAGACCACCACACAUAGCUGGGUGUCAGGCUAGAAACUGUAACGCAUACAAAAAAAGAAGAAGAAGGUUCUUGUUGUUGCUGUUUGGUAAACUCAUCUGAGACUAAACAUGUAUCUUCAGAUACUUUUUACUCUUGUCCCAACAUCACCUGCAGUUUCUGUUCCAACAACAUUCCUCUUUCAAAAAUUUGUUCAGAUCACGUCAGCAGGCUGAGAUUGGUUGCGACCUGCUGAGGACAAAUCACCAUUAGGGCCCCUGAAAAUGAAAUCAGGUUUAUUUUUGAAACGUUCAACAGUCUGUACGAACUAAGUGCCAAACAUUUUGCCUUAACGUAAGAGCCAAACUGAAACACACCUCUCUGGUUUACUCACAAAGGUUACAGAGUUGAGUAGUAAUUUAGUCGAGUCUGUAAUUUUUGCAAGUGACACUGCCAACUACAUCUCAUCAGCAGCUGCAGCACAACCUGUACAAGUGCACAAAGUCACACCAAGCUGUUUACUGUGUGUCACCAAUCAAGCUUUUUGUACGUGCAAAUGAUGAUAAUUGAUUACCGCUGCGGACGGACGAUGAAGGCGAUCUGGCUCAUGGAGUUUGUGGACUGUCAUGAUAAUAACAUUUUUUUUUUUUUUUAAAAAGCGAGGGAUUUCUCAACGGAUCCUUGGGUGAUGUUACAUAAUAGCUUACUUAUUGCCUGAAUGUACAUAGUGUAAUCAUACAGUUUGUAAAAUCAGGUCUCGUCGUGUAUUUUUAAAGAUUGUAAAUAGUGUUUACAGAAUGGAAGCAAAAAUCAAGGAAAGAGAAAAAAAAACUGGAUCCGAUUCUUUUAAACACAGUGGACAGGUCUGUGCUUGAGAUCAAUCAGGCUGUAAAAAUGAUGAUUUACUUUCUGAUUUCUUUGUACAUACAUUAAGAAUGUAUAUUAAAAUGAUGUAGUAGAUGUUUACUAGAUUUUAGUAUAUAUUUGAGACAUAAGUUAUUUGUGGUUUAAUAUAGAUUUAUGCUGUUGCAUAACCUGCACUCAGACAUCAGAAUUGUUCUGGGUUAUUUGUCACUCUGAACCUUAAUACCACAGGGGCCUAUUUAUUGUGCCUAACAAAGUAGAUUUUGACUGCAGGCUUGAAGGGUUUAAUAUUUGUAAAUGUCUACGGUCCAGAAGAUACUCAAAUCCAGCAGUCUUGAAGAAAAAGAACAGUGAACUCUUUUUAUUUUCAAUUUCCUGCUUUCACUUUGUCUGCAGAAGAAAUAAGUGACUGUAAAUUGUUAUUGUUAAGGUUUCCUGAACGCUUUUUCGGCGCUGUGAUUGUGAUGAGGUCAAGGCGGUUUGGGAUAAAAAGAUAUUCUCAGUGCUACUGUCGUUGUCACGCCAAGGCUGAGCGAGGCCUGCGGAGAUUGUCAUCCAGGACACUGCGAGUAAACCGGCCUGUGCCCUGUUCAGAGCUCUUUGUAUUUUCCUAUUUGUCUCAAAAGCUUAGUGAUUCAGAUGAGUACAGUAUGAUUCCUUUUUUUUUUUUUUUUGUCCAAAAGAGCCUUCUAAUUGCUGUCAUUAGGAACAGCCUUACUGCUUUCACUCUGCCCCUCCUACCUCUACCUAUCAUUAUGUCUUUUUAAAGCAUUGGAUAUAAUGGUAACGCAUGACUUGAUAACCCCAAAUCAUCUUUUUUUUAGUCUAUUUUAGUCAUUAUUUAAAGUUUCCCCCUGAAAAAGCGCCACUAAGUGUUAAGUAUCCGAGCUUGUAUAUUUGCGUUUUCAAACUUGCUUUUUCCCCACUUAUCGCUGUACUAACGACAAAAGUUUCCAGCCUGUCAGUCGGACUUGUGCAGAAAUCGUGUUCGACUGCGAUGAACUUCGUCCGUCAGCACGACUGACUCACAAAGUUCGGUUCGGUGGCUGAAAAACCAAGUGGCUUAUCGACAAACAGAAACUGAAGACCGCCUAUUUGAUUUUUAGUCUUUAUGAUAUUGUUCAUCUAGAAACCUCACAUAUCAGUAGGCGAUCCUGUGGUGUCUUGAGUAUGCAGGUUUUUAUUUAAGCUGCUCUACUAAUGAGUUCAAGGUUGUUUUUGGUUUAUUUUGAAUAAAAUAAAAUCUUGCAUACUCCAGACUAGCAAUGAUCUGACUCCACUGACAUCGAUUUUUGAGAACGAACAAGCAAGUUUUAAGAGAGUAAAAUUGAAAUUCUUUACAUUUCAAAAAAGGCAGAGGAGCCGAUAAAGAAGCUGCUGUUUGGCUUUGUUGCCAGGUGUUGCCUUUUCUUACCCAAACAUGCCAUAGUGUACUAUAGCCAAAUUUGCCUUUUGAAGUCAAAGUGAUAUAUUUAGCAUUUUUAUCAUGUGAUGUGUUCAGAACUAUAUAUAUUUGUGCCGGUCACUCAAGUCAGGAUAAACUGUAAUGAAUCCAUGUAGGUUCACUCUAAAAGUUAAAGAGCUGUACUAAGUAAAUUAUAUCUCAAACAUUUUUAAAUGAUUGAAUCUAUGCAUUGUAUUCCUUAAUUUUAUGUUGCUAUUGUUAUAUUUUCUUUUUUUUUUCUUUUUGAACUUUUAACAGAGAUAUUUUAUUGUAACAUAGCGCUGUGAGAUGUUAUGGUGUCGUUGUUGUCAAAAAAAACUCUAUGUUCCAGAUAGUUAUAUGGGAAAAAAAAUGAAGUUUAUUUAGAAAAUAGAUGAUGCAGUGAUUGAUACGCUAAGCUUUUUGUAAACUGACAAUGUUGUUUUUAUUGUAUUCAGCUACGGUUUUUAGAAAAUAGCAUCAAAAAGCAAAUUACAGAAAAAAAAAAAAAAGUAAAGAUAUAUUGCAUUUUUAAAACUGAAACACACAAUAUUUAUUCAUCAGAGAAGUCCUGCUCAAAAUGCAGAUUCUGGACCAAUUUAGAUAUUGCACUUUUACUUACAUUUUUUUAACAAAAGGGCUCCUCGUAACAAGAGGAAGAGUUCCCAUUACAUAUUUUAAAAUAAAAAAAAAAAAUCUGUUACAUUUACCUUACACAGGUAUACAGGAAUAAAUUGGAAUUGUGCUGUGUGAUUUGCAAUCAAUACAAAUAUGUAACUUGUUCAAUAUUAAUGUAUUAAGACCUAAAUAAAUGUACUUCUGUGUAAAAA